UAUUCGGCCUUCAUUAUAAACAUAUAAACUAUAUCAGAUUCAGAAGCAUCCCAAAGAAACAUAAAAGAAGCAUUCAUCUUUUGGAUCAGAAGAAGCUAUUCAAUCCAGAAAAUCAAAGAUAUGUCUGGGAAAUUUGAGCAUGAGCUAGAGCUGGACGUGCCGGCAAGCACGGCGUGGGAUCUCUUCGGUACGAUUCGGAUUGGAGAAUUUGUUCAGAAAGAGAUGCCAAGUUUGUUUCAGAAGGUAGAGCUUGUUGAAGGUGAUGGAGGAGUUGGAACUAUCCUCAAAUUAACAUUUGCACCUGGUACACCAGGGCCAGCAUUUUACAAAGAGAAGUUCACGAAGAUAGACAAUGAGAAUAGGAUCAAAGAAACUGAAGUAGUCGAAGGAGGGUAUUUGGAGCUAGGGUUUACUCUGUUUAGGGUUCGGUUUGAAGUGACAGAGAAAGGCGAAGAUUCGAGCAUUGUCAAAUCUACAGUUGAGUAUGAACUUAAGGAAGAUGCUUUGGCCAAUGCCCCUAUUGCUUCCAAUGCAAUUCAAUCUCUAGCCAGCAUUGCUCAAAUGGCCAAACUUCAUCUCAACAAAAACAAGCUUGCUAAUCAACCCAACUGAUUAGUCCUCUAUGUUUUAUGGUUUGACUCAAAAUAUUUUUGAUAAUUAUCUUUUGAUGACUUAAAAAUGUCGUAAUCUACUAUAUAUAAUGUAAUUAAUUGUGUGGAAAUUACGUAAUGGAAUAGUUAAAUAAUAGUCCAAGUUUGUGGUUGUGCUUU